AUGAAAGGAUUAAAGUUGUUGGAAAAGGUUUUUUUUAAUUUUUUGUUUAAUAAAUUUAAUUUUUACAAAGGCUCUUUUGGCAUUGCUGUGCUUUACAAAAGAAAAGAUGAUGAAUCUUUUGUUAUUUUAAAAGAAAUUAAUUUACAUGAAUUAAAUAAUUCUGAAAGACAGAUGGCCUUAAAUGAAGUUAAUUUACUUUCUCGAUUAGAUCAUCCACAUAUUAUUGCUUUUUAUGAUUCUUUUGAAGAAGAUGGAACAUUGAUGAUUGAGAUGGAAUAUGCAGAUGGAGGAACGUUAUCUCAAUUAUUGUCACAUUUAACAGAACCAUUAAUUGAAUCAGAGAUAAUUGAUAUGUUUGAACAAAUGUGCGAAGGAAAACCUUAUAAUGAAAAAUCAGAUGUUUGGGCAUUAGGCUGUUGUUUUUAUGAAAUGUGUACAUUAAAUAAAGCUUUUGAUGCUGAAAAUUUACCUACACUUUUGAAUAAAAUAAUUAAUAGUGAAUAUGAACCCUUAAAGAAAAUUUAUUCCCAAGAAGUUCGUCUUUUGGUAAGGGAAAUGUUAAGAAUAUCACCACAACAAAGGCCUGCAUCAUCUCAAUUACUUGAUCAGGUUAGACAUUUAUGUUCCUCAAAAGAAAAGAAAAAUCCAAAAAUAAAUGGAAAUUGUUUUGAUAAAAAUGUAUUCGAUGGAAUUAAUUCAUUUUCUGCUUUAUAUGCUUUUGAUGUUUUAAAUUGUACACUUUCUUCUAUUGCUGUAAGUGAAAGUCAUCAAUUACUUCUAACAAUGCAAGGACAAGUUUAUAGUUGGGGAGAUAAUUCUUUUGGACAAUUAGGACAAGGAGAUAAAAGAAAAAGACAAUUCCCUACAUUAAUAGAAUCAUUGGAAAGUAAGGAUGUUUAUAAAGUAGCUGCAGGUAAAAAAUUCUCUCUUUUUUGUGCUGGCCGUGGUAUUUUACUAACAGUAGGAAGAAAAUUGUUAUUUGAUAAUAGUGACUAUUUAACUAAACCAAAAAUUGUCGAGGAAUUGUUAACAGAGGAUAUUGUAGAUAUUUGUUGUGGUGAUGAGCAUGCAAUUGCACUAACGGUUUAUUUGUUUAAAUAUUUUUUUAUUUAUUUUAAGGAAACUGGAGAAGUUUAUGUUUGGGGUAAAGGAAAAAACGGCCAACUUGUUUCUGUACCAAUUCGGAUUCAAAUACCUACAAGACAAUUAAUUAAAAGAAUUAUUGGAACUAUAUUGGCUAUGGGAUCUAAUAAAUAUAAUAAAUUGAAUUUAAAUAAAAGAGCUGGAUUUUUUAAAGAAAUGAAAAAGGAACAAAAUACAGUUCAAGGAAAGAAACAACUAGUGGAUGAUGCUCUUUUGCCAACAGCUGUAAGGCCAUUCCCUAGAAGAGUUGUUAGUGCAUCUUUAGGCAAUAAUCACAGUGGUGUUUUGCUCGAAAAUGGGCAUGUUCAUCUUUUUGGAUUAAAUUCUUAUGGAGAAUUAGGUACCGGAAGUACAUUACCAUUUAGUGAUAGCACUAGACCUGUUAAAGCUUUGAUUAAUAAAGCUUGUUUGGUAAAUAUUUUUUCGAUUUUUAAUUAA